CCACUUUAGGAAAUUACCUCUAACAGCAUAUUCGGCAGUUUAACAAAACAUUCUUAAUAUUAUUUUGUUCACAAGCAUGAUGGCUGCACGUUUAGUUCGUGGUAGACCGACACAGCUUGUUGGCCAUUAGCCAAUCGGAUUUCUUCAACGAGUUCAAUGCACAUGAAUGCAUUCAACUGGCAAUUACCUCUCCCACUUGGUUGUGAACAGCAACAUAGGUAUCCGAAUGUCGGGUAGCUUAGCAACGGAUAUGUUUGCAGAGUGCAUUCUAGCCCUGGUCAUUUGAUUCUCACCACAGCGAGACUAAGGGAAGAUUGGAAAAUGUACAAUGCUGAAUUACUUUCGGACCGCAUUGCUGCGGCUAGUUUGGAGAGGAGACGUAAUCGAGAGAUGCAACGUCAAGAUAGGAUUUUCAAUGCUAAAGUUAGAACGAUUGGGAUAGAUAAAGAGGCUCUUGUUUCCCAAGUGAAUGAAAGAAAGAAAAAAGAACAGGCAGAGGCAGAGUCACUUAAAGCAUAUGCUGCAGAUGCAGUGCGCAACGACAAGGCCGCUUGUCUACUUGAUCAACGCCAACUUAAGGAUGAGCGUCUGCUGCAGGGAGCCAUAGAGGACUUCCGAUUGAACUUCCAGCCGCGGUGGAGUCGACGAGAGUAUGACUUGAGCAACCCAGACAAAAUUAGAGGUCAGGAGAAGAUCCAGAUGCUGCCGGGGCUGGUGGGUGAGGACCCAGACAGCCAGGGGAGGCUGAAGAAGCAGCAGGAGCAGCUCAGAGAGUGGUCCUUCCAGCAGCAGCAUGAGUUGGCCACAGCGCGACACCAGCAGAGACAGGAAGGUAGGCUACAACCUGUCCUGAUGCUAGACACUGAUACACUCACUGCCUCCUCUCAAAAUAAUCUCCGCCCCUGCCUCACCCUUGCAGAGCAGCAGUAUGACCAGGACAGAGUGGACCUGGACAACAAAGCUCUCCAGCUCCAAACAAUUGAGGAGGAGAGGAGGAGAACCGUAGCCCUCGCUACAAAGAAUUUCAAUUUGACAAAGGCAACAGAGAAUGCAGAGAAGCGGUGGAAGGAGUGGCAGCAGCAGGAGGAGGACAACAGGACAGACAUCCUGAACCAGCUGCAGGGGGAGCUGCUGAGUGAGAGCCAGGAGCAGGGCAUCAGUGUGCUGGGUCUGCCCCGCCUCAGUCCCAACAGCUACAAGGGUCUCGCAGACGAGCAGCUGCAGCACAUCAUCAACUGCCAGCAGCAACAGAUAGAUGAGAAGAGGAGAAUUCAGGCGGAGCAGCAGCAGGAGGAGCUCCAGCAGGACCGGUUCCGUGUGGCCUCGGCUCGAACCGCCCUACUAAUGGAGAGACAGCAGGCCCGCAUCAACAAGCAGCUCCGUCGCACCCAGGAUAACACCAACGCACAGCUGGCUGAGGCCCACCAUGAACAGACAAAGUAUUUGGAGAAGGUGUACACUAACAUCCCAGAUGACAGUUACUUCUCCCAGUUCAACACCAGCAGUCGAUAAAGGAUGACAGGGCCUUACUUACUAUGCCAUGCAUUAUUAGACUAUUAUGGAGAAAUGUUUCUUGUAUUAAAAAGUAAAAAUGUAGAUAAAUGAUUUGUAACAAAAACGAACAAAUCUGAUGUUUUCCUUCCCUUAAUUCAAAACUAUUUCACAACUAAAAAAAUACAAUCAAAAAAGUAUUCAUAGAAAAGUGUGUCUAUGAAUAAGGCAUUGCCUACUGUUCUGCAUGCAUUUGUCAUAACGUGUCCGUAUAAUUAAUUAAAU